AUGCUAUCAGCCAUGGCCAAUGUAUCAGGAAUCGUCUUUUCUCCCCAGAGCCGUGCGCCGUCAAAGGCGUAUCUGGAGUAUAUCCACAACUCACUUACCAGAUCGUCCAUAUACUCGCCCAUUUGCGAAGCAAUCUCCAACCUUUCCGCGACGUGGUGGGCUAUUGCAAACAGCCAGCCAAAGAUCGCCUCCCUGGAGCAAGGCCUGAAUUUUGCAAAAGACUUUUCAGCAUGGAUUGAGACGGGAAAUUCUUCAAGGCUGGAGACCAGCAUGUCGGGGAUCGUCACGUUACCUCUGCUGGUCAUCAUACAUACGAUUCAGUAUCUCGAGUAUCUACGGCAAAACUGUAUCACACACUCGGAACUGCUACCUCAUUUGCGGGCAGGUGGGGUCCAAGGAUUCUGUGCUGGAUUGAUGAUGGCCAUUGUUGUGGCUGCGUCAAAGGACGAAACACAACUGGUUGAGAACUCCGCCAAAGCUGUUCGGAUAGCCUUUGCGAUUGGGUCAUAUGGAGAGAUUGGGUGUGAUGCAAACUCAAUUAUUUCUACUACUAUGGUGGUGCGGUUGAAACGGGGCUCUGAGAGGGAGCAAAUCAUCCGCGAGUUCCCAGAGUCCCGUAUCUCUGCUGUAUCCGACCCCAAGACAGUAAGCAUCAUUGCUUCAUCAUCCCAAAUUGCCGCCAUGCAGGCAUAUAUAGAGGAACUAGGCCUCUCCUUCAAGAUGGUUCACAUGCGAAGCAACAUACACAAUCCGAAAAAUGUCGCUCUUGCGAAAGAGCUGCUGGGACUCUGCCUACGCGAUGCCGACUGGCAGUUGCCCAACAGCGAUUGUAUUCAGGUUGCUGUACGAUCCAAUAGCACAGGUCAGAUUCUUUCAGGCUGUUCGCUCACAGCCGAGGUUAUCAACACCAUUCUUACCUCUUGCUGUGACUGGGACAGAGUCAUGAACAAUGUAGCGCAAGAUCUCCGCCGAUUCGGGAAAUCUCAUCGCAUAGCAAUGGUUGGCCUGGGAGACUGCUUACCGCUCCCGCCAUUUCAGAAGAUUGGCAUCGAAAUUACCAAGGUGGAUGUCAUGAGCAACACGGAGGAUGCAAGGCGACGGACAAAUGAUGCUAAUAUCUCAAGACGGGCUACUUUUCCUUCCGAUUCGGUCGCCGUAGUAGGCGCGGCUUGUCGAUUACCAGGAGCAAAUACCCUCGACGAACUCUGGGAUCUCAUUUCUCGAGGCGAAUCGCGGCUGGAAACGCUGCGCCAAGAUCGGGUCAGGCUCGAAGAGUCUUUUCGGGCAUCACAGGACAAGGACUGGACCACAAGACGACAAUGGUUCGGAAAUUUCGUUGAUUGUGUCGAUGAAUUUGAUCAUGGCUUCUUUGGCAUAAGUGAAAAGGAAGCGGCAUAUAUGGAUCCCCAGCAGCGGCUUUUGCUCACUUGUGCGUACGAGGCUCUGGACUCCAGUGGCUACCUUCAUCAUCAUGCCCGAGCAAAUGGCGAUCCGAUAGGGUGCUUCAUUGGCGCGAGCUAUACCGAGUAUAACGAGAACACCAACGCAUACGCUCCCUCUGCAUUUGCCGCAACAGGGACCAUUCGAGCUUUUCUUUCAGGCAAGAUCAGCCAUUACUUUGGCUGGACGGGGCCGUCCGAGGUCAUUGACACGGCAUGCUCGGCGUCGCUGGUUGCUGUUCAUCACGCAAUUAGGGCGAUUCAGUCUGGGGAUUGCUCCAUGGCCCUUGCAGGCGGUGUGAAUAUCCUUACCGGAGUUCACAACUACAUUGAUCUCGGCAGAGCGGGAUUUCUCAGUAGAACGGGCCAGUGUAAACCAUUUGAUGAAUCAGCGGAUGGCUAUUGCCGUGCAGACGGAGUCGGGAUCGUUGUGUUGAAGCCACUCAAGCAAGCAAUUGCUGACGGGAAUCACAUUAUGGGCGUCAUUUCUGCGACAGCUACAAACCAGGGCGGCUUGUCUCAGGGUAUCACAGUUCCGCAUGGAGAUGCUCAGAGGGCGCUCUAUUGUCGAAUCCUCAAGACUGCCAAUAUUGAGCCAGAUCAGGUGACAUAUGUCGAGUCACACGGAACAGGUACUCAGGUCGGCGAUCCUAUCGAAGUCUCCAGCAUUCGCGAGGUCUUUGGAGGGCCAUCGCGGCAAUCAGUGGUGUACAUUGCGUCCCUCAAAGCCAAUGUAGGACACAGUGAAACUGCUGCUGGAGUUGCUAGCCUUCUGAAGGUCCUCACAAUGUUUGCUCACAAAGCCAUUCCUCCGCAAGCUGGAUUCAAGACACUGAAUCCCAAGAUUCCCGCUGUUGAGCCGGAUAACAUGAUGAUUGCCGCUCAGCUCAUGCCGUGGGAUUCGAAGAUACGCAUGGCCUGUGUCAACAGUUAUGGGGCCUCAGGGAGCAAUGCGGCGCUGAUCUGUGCAGAAUGGACCGCUGAGAUAGCAAGACCGAGAGCGGGUGCGCCGACUUACCCAGUCUUUCUGAGUGCGCAUACAAAAGAUGCUCUGAGAGACUCAGCCAUCCGACUGGCCUCUUACUUUCAGAGUCCCGGAAAAGCCUUGAGUAUUGGCAGCGUAGCCUUUACAUUGAGCGAACGCAGAAAACACCACCGUUAUCGAUGGUCCACCUCUGCACAUAGUCUGUCCGACCUGACCAGACAACUGCACGCGGGUGUGAUGGAAGGCAUUGUUGAGUCUCCCAACACACGAAUGCCGGUUGUUCUGGCCUUUUCAGGUCAAUCUAGGACGAAGAUCGGCCUCGACCCGACACUCUGCGAAUUAUAUCCCCAGUUCCGCCGUUAUCUAGAGAACUGCAAUGACAUACUGCGAAGCUUGGGCUAUUCAGACAUCAUGUCUUCACUUAUUCAGACCGACGCCGUCACAGACGUUGUCAUUCUCCAUGCGGGCACAUUCGCUGUUCAAUAUGCCUGUGCGAGAAGUUGGCUAGAAGGCGGAUUGCAGGUUGACGCAGUGAUCGGUCACAGUCUCGGCGAAUUGACGGCGUUGGCUGUAUCCGGCGUGCUGUCACUGGAGGAUGCUCUGGGUCUGGUCGCGAAGCGAGCUCUAUUGAUAGAGAGAAAAUGGGGCUCAGAACCGGGAUCCAUGUUGGCGAUUUACUCAGAUCUCGAGACUGUGCAGCAGAUCGUUGCAAGCUCACACACGACAGUCGUGGAGGAUGGCCUUGAGAUCGCCUGCCACAACAGCCCUAACGCUCAUGUUGUUGUUGGAAAGCGAGCGUCUAUUGCGAGAGUUAAAAAGCUUAUAGACAGCAAUCCGCAGUUUCAAGGCACGCGACAUCAGCGUCUCGAUGUGAGCCACGGCUUUCACUCGAGAUUGACAGACCCGUUGCUCCCAGAUCUAAUCAAGUUCGCCAAUAGCUUGACGUUCAAUGAGCCUCUUAUUCCGCUAGAGACAUGUACGGAGUCGCCUGUUCUUAGCAUCACACCGAAGUACAUUGCAGAGCAUUCGAGACACGCAGUGUAUUUUACACAUGCCAUUCGGCGUCUUGAGCGCCGUCUUGGCCCAUGCACCUGGUUGGAGGCAGGAUGGCAUACUCCGAUCAUCCCCAUGGCAAAGAAAGCUGUCGCAAUGCCUGAGAUACACAACUUUCAAUCAUUGAGUGGCUCGGCAGUGGCCGUCUCCAAUGUAACGGCUGCUCUAUGGAAACAAGGCCAUUCAAUUUCCUGGUGGGGUUUUCUCUCCCCAGGAGACUCACAACUCGACCAAAUCUGGCUGCCGCCAUUUUCGUUCCAACCAUCCCACCAUUGGCUCGAACAUGUUGAUCGAGUGACGAAAGUCCAGCAUCCUGACAGCAAGGUGCUUCAGCAGCGAUCUCGACUUGUGAGCUUCGUCAAAGUAUCGGCCACAGGCGACGAGUUCCAGCUCCUCAGGCAGUGUGAAAAAUACAGCAACAUAGUCAAAGGCCACGCUGUGCGCCAAAGGCCUCUUUGUCCAGCUUCCUUGUACAUGGAAAUUGCCGUCAUGUGUGCUCAGGAGAGAGGUUUUGACUUUAACGAGCACACGAUCAAAUUCCGCGAGAUUGUCUUCUCCAACGGCCUGGGAUGCGACAACAGCCGUGAUGUGAGAGUCGUGUUGGCACAAAAUCUAGACUCAACUGCUGAUGGUGCAUGGAAUUUCUCAGUCAACAGCUCAAAAAAAGGUGAUGCGAAGUCUGUAAGGACGAUGCAUGCGAUUGGACAGUUUGCUGCUUUAUCAGAGGCGUCCGACUUUCGUAUAUACGAGGGGCUCAUCUCGGACCGCAUGGCUCUCCUCCCCAAGGAUCCAAACGCAGAACACCUAAAGAGAAGAACGGCGUAUGCUGUGUUCUCGAGAGUUGUUGAGUAUGCUGAACUUCUCAGAGGUAUCUCCUCGAUCACUUUGUCUGAAGAUCAAGCUAUCGCUGAGAUCGAGCUCCCAGCUGAAGCGUCGACGAACUGCGAUAGCACUGUCGACCGCUUUAUGGACGCGAUAUCUCUGGAUACAUUCAUACAGGUUCUCGGCCUGUUGAUCAACUCAAGACUCAACACUGUAGGCCACGAGAUCUUUGUUGCGACAAGCAUCGAGAACAUGACAAUUCUCCCUUGCGACUUCAAGACCCAGAAACGCUGGAGUGUGUACGCCAUGUUCGGUAUGAAGGGUGAUCGACAAGCCAUUGGAGACGUCUUUGUAUUCUCUCCCGAAGGCAGGCUCGUCAUUCUUGGGUCGCAGAUAAGUUUCACCAGGAUCAAGGCAAGCAUACUAGAAGAAUUGCUUGACAGAAACUACUCAGAAUCCGUCAUGGUCAAAGCUCAGCGAGCCGAGGGCCCAGCUGCGUCUGGUGUGAUGCAUCGCAUUCGCACUGGUGAGGCUAUCGCUGCAGGCAGUUCUGUCCUUCCUGUUGAUUCGCUGCCGGCGAAGUCUGAAGAACCAGCUUACAACUUCGACGACGCGAAGGUGCUUAUAGCAAGUUAUAUUGGUCUUACGGCGUCUGAGAUUCGCAAAGAGGAAAGUUUCAGUAGUCUAGGCCUAGACUCACUGUCUUCAGUCGAACUUGCCGAUGAGUUGCGAGUUAAGUUCGGAAUUGAAGUUUCGCCAAGUGACUUGCUCACAAUGCAAGUGGGCGAGCUUGAACAAGGGGGUCCAUCACAAGGCACAGACUCAAUUGAUGUACAGGAACAGGACCUACCGCAGUCCAUAAACAGACGUGUGAAUGGACUUGCGAAUGGACGUGUCGCUCAAGCCAGUGGGCUGAGAAACGGCCUUCAUGAUGGAUGCAGCAAUAACAAUGUGAGCGGUCAAGUGAAAGACCACGCCUAUAGCUAUGCCAGCAAGACAAACGGACAUCUAGAGAAGCCUCUGAGACGACCGCACUACGCAAGGCACCGCGUUCAGACGGUAACUUACAAAGAAGUCGACGGCAUCCACAUUCUGGCAGACAUGUUCAUUCCGCUAGAGCCACCCUCGGAGGCUAUGCCCAUAGCGCUCAUGAUCCACGGAGGCGGCCAUUUGACGCUGUCGAGGAAAGCCAUUCGGCCGUCCCAGACAUCCUUUCUCCUAGCAAAUGGCUUAUUGCCCAUUAGCCUAGACUAUCGACUUUGCCCUCACGUCAAUGUCCUUGAUGGACCUAUGGCAGAUGUUCGAGAUGCCUAUGCCUGGGCAAGAAAAGAGGUUCCAUUGCUGCUGCGAGAGGCAGGCAUGUGCGUGGAUGGCUCAAAGAUUGUCGUCGUCGGCUGGUCAACAGGAGGGCAUUUGGCAAUGACUACUGCUUGGACUGCUCCAGCCGCAGGUUUGCCUCCUCCUUUGGCUGUUUUGGCAUUUUACUGCCCUACACAUUACGAUCCUUCGGAUGAUUCCUUAAGAAUGGGCAAAGACUACCAUUCCCGCACAAUGUCAAUGUCCGAGAUCCGAAAGGCUUUAGGCACGCAAACAGCAUCGAGUCACGCAUUCAGUAGUACUGAUACAACCGGUCUGGGCUGGCUUGAACCAGGAGAUCCCCGCUCAGAGCUGGUGCUGGCUCUUGUCAAAGAACAGAACGGUGUGUCUCUUUUACUAGAUGGUGUUCCUACUGAUGGAAACACCUUCCAAGCUCCUGAGCCCGAGCGAGUUACAGCUAUCAGCCCGCUGUCUCAGGUCCGCCUCGGCACCUAUCGCACACCGACGUUUGUCAUCAUCGGCGACGAGGAUGAAGUUGUCCCCUUCCACUCUUCGGUUGACUUUGUUGAUGCCCUGAGAACACAGGGUAUCAGACACGGGUUCAUCCCGGUACCGGGUCAGCGACACAUUUUCGACCUGACGCUUGCACCGGGGAUGGCGAAAUGGGAAGAAUAUCACAAGUACACGGCUCUCCCCGUGGAGCACCAAAAUGGCAUUCCACAAAGUAUGCGGGACAUCGACACGUAG